AUGCCCGUGCUGUCUUUCUUCUCAAGACGUACCUUCAACGCGACCAUUUCAUCUCUCGAAUUCUCUCAACAAUGGCUUAACCCCUCUGACGUCUUCUCCGUGCUCCUUAUCCUCGGUGGCGAUGUCGUGGCUCGAGCCCUAGCUCAACUUGCUGGAUCUGCCAUCACUCCAGUUGCUUUUUCAUUCGGUUGGGUUGCUUAUUCCGUCGCUGCAGUUGUCCAGGCCGUGGGCGAAAACACAUUGAUGCCCGCUUCCGAUUGUGCCUGCAAGGUUAUCAAUGGGUCAAACGGGUUCGCUCGCGACAAUUCCAGCUGGGUGAUUGGUCGCAUUGUUCGAGAUUUCGAGACGUGGAUGGAUGACGGGAAGUCCAACGGUCCCAUCCGCCAAUGCCUUGAGAGUAUACGAAACGAAGAAUGGCUGGCUGAUCAGAAUAUAAAGCCACCGUCCAGGGUCGGCCUCUGUGUUUCUAUUUACAAGGCGAAGCAAGCUCGACCAGGUCACCCGGGAUACGACCGGGCCUACGUUUCUGGCUUUGUUACCGUCAUCACGCAGUUAGUUUUGGCCGCCAUACCUUGCGGUUUAUAUGGUAAUUGGGGCAUACUGUUGGUAACUGCUGCGGGCACCGUCUUGUCCUUCGCCACAGGUGCUCUGCCGCAGUGGGCAAAAGAGAAGUGGAUUUGCCGAAGGGGAGUAACAAAAACGGUUGUGUUAACCAGAGGAAACGGUAGCCAGCAUGCCAUUGUUAUUGUCAGCGAUGGCAAAGGGCUUGACUUUGAAGACCUUGCUGCCGCCAGUUCAAUGUCCUUUUCAUCUCGCCAAACCAGGCUUGCUAUUCUCAUACUGGCAGCCCUGUGGAUUAUCCUUCUCAUAACUGCUGCAGGAAUCAGGCAGCACGCCUGGUUUCUCUUCGCUGUUGGCGGCAUCGGCACUCUGGAGAACAUUUACGUUGCAGGGAUAAGCCGGUCUCCGAAGGACUUUGGCGUUCCUCUCGAAUUUGUGAAAGUCAUUGGUCAUCAUAAAGUUAUGCAGGCUCUGUAUGAUGUUGAGAGUCUCUAUCCGUGCCUUGGCCGCAGUAUGCUGCCCGUAUUUUUUCCAGGUGACUUGCGCCAGGACGAGUUGGACAGGUGGGCGGAAUAUGAUAAGUUGGCAACGGAGAGGGGACAGCGUUACGAGGGUAAAGGUCUGGCAGGUGAGGUGAGGAGACAGAGGUAA